UCGCUUCUGUUUCAGAUCUCCAUCACUGCGGUUCCGACGAUGGGAGGUUGUCUUCCGAAACCGAAGAAAUUAUCCGCAGAAAUCGCACCAUCCGACUAUGUCGGAAGCUGUCCCAUACUGAGGUUGUACGGUUCGCCGUCGGGAAUCCGAACCUCCUACAUUCGGAUUGCGCUUCUCUUCAAAGCCGUUCCCCUGCAAUUCCUUCCUUCCGAACACAUUAAUCUGUGCUCCUCCGACUCGCCCAUUCUGAAAUGCGGUUCUGAUACCGUAUCGGGAUCUAAUGACACGCUCCUCUGUUACAUCGACGCCAAGUUCCCCAACCCACCGCUGCUUCGCGGAAUUGGUUCAGGACUUUCAGAUUCGUCAUACUUGCAGAACCAAUCGUUGCAAUCGAUUGUUUUGGCGGUAACUCUGCAACACAAGAGCAUCACGUGGCAUCUCGAAAAGCUCGUGAGUUGUGCUGAAGAUCUCUGUACACGCGGGGCGUCAUCCAGCGUUGGAUCAUCGAUGAGGAACCUGCGAAUGGAGGUGAGGAAAUUCGGGAGAUGCUAUUCGCAUCUACGGGAGGUGAUGCUGGAGCACGCUCAGAUGGAGGAAAAGGUCAUCUUCCCAGUCUUGGAGAGGGCUGAUCGAGGUCUGUCUGCAGAUGCUAACGAGGAACAUGCGAGGGAUUUACCCAUAAUGAACGGCAUUAAAGAGGCCAUCAAGUCCAUUGGAGUGCUGGAGGCAGGGAGCCUUGUAUACCAAGAAGCCAUGUUUGAUCUGUUCAACCGACUCAAAACUUUACAGGAGAAUUGCAAGGAACAUUUUGAGGAGGAAGAGAGAGAGCUGCUGCCGCUGCUGGUGGCGGCGGGACUCAGCAAAGAGGGACAGGAGAGAAUGGUGGAGCAGUGCUUGGAUGUAAUGGAAGGUACCCACUCUCGUCUGUUUAAGUUUCUGAUGGAAGGCCUCCUCCCUAAGGAUGCAAUGCAUUACUUGGACAUUCUCAUCCGAAAUCUUGACAAGGAACGAGCUUCAACCAUUCUUCUCAACUUGAUGAAUGCUUGGAACGAAAGCACGGCGUCCACGCCCCAGAACCCCAUUGAAGGCUGCUAAAACCU